AUGUUUAGAUUGUAAAUAAGGUUGGAAUUUGUUGAAAAUGAUCAAUAUUGUGUUCAAAUCUGUGGAGAUUUAUAAAUUACUUAAUUAGAAGAAUGUGAUGAUGGGAACAACAUUCCAUAUGAUGGUUGUCAUUUAUGUAAAUAUUCUUGUCCUUUGAAUUGUGAAAUCUGUUCAUUUGGUGAAUGUUUGGAGUGCAAAAUAAAAUAUUAGUUAAGUUUAAAUAAAAAAUAUUGUUAACCAUUUUGUUAUAAUGGAAUAUAAAUUACUCAUAAUAUUUUUGAUAAAUAAAGUAAUAAUUAAUUAGAAAUAAUCAAUAUAUGCUAAUAAAGAUGUCUAAUAGAAUUUAAUUUAUGUAUAGACGAUAAAUGUCUACAUGCAAUGAAGGAUGGUAACUUUAAGAUAAUAAAUGUCAGUAAAUUUGUGGAGAUGGAUUAAAUGCUAUUAAUUCAAAUAGAGUUAUGUGAUGACGGAAAUUAUAAUGAUGGUGAUGGUUGUUAUGAUUGUUAAUUUGAAUGUAUAGAAGCUAUGUGA